UAAGAAAAUAUGAAGGACAAACGGUUGAUUUUGGUUGUUAAUGAGUUCGACAUAUUCACUACCAAGAUCUAAAAGGCUAAAUAAAAACUCAUGGCAUUACUUAUCAUGCUAACACAUAUACCAUGACUAGUUUUCCACUUUUCCUAUAACUACUAACUUUUUACAUAAACUAGAAAACGGUCGAGCUUAAUACUACAUAAAUUAAAACAAACAGCGUAUUUUUAAUAUGUGAGACAUUAAUUAAUCUUUUAUAUAUUAUUAUGCGUAUAUACCUAUACAUAGAGAAUGCCGGCUAAAAUAUUAAUUAUAAACUAGUGCCGUGUAUGAUAACAUUCUGUAUGUAUGCCCUUAACUACGUCUUCCUCCCUACAGCAUAAACUCAAAUACAUACUCUCAUGGAUCUCAUUCACAAGCUCUUAAACCUUAUUCUUCCUAUUUUAACCAUUAUCCUGUUACUAUUGCUUUAUCCCCUGGUCUUAGUAUUCAGGUUCUUCAACUACUUCAUUAAAUUCGCUUUCCCUGAAGACCUCGCCGGAAAAGUAACGCUGAUCACCGGAGCUUCUUCUGGUAUUGGCGAGUAUUUGGCGUAUGAAUAUGCGAAAAGAGGAGCGCGUUUAGCAUUGGUUGCAAGAAGAAAGGAACAGCUGGAGGUGGUUGCGGAGAGGGCGAGGGAGUUGGGGUCGCCGGAAGUGAUCGUGAUUUUCGCCGACGUUUCGAAGCUCGAUGACUGUAAGCGGUUUGUCGACGAAACCAUCCACCAUUUUGGUACCUUGGAUCAUUUAGUGAACAAUGCGGGAGUGUGCUACGUUCAGGAUCAAAGAUGUUCUUCGGACUAUAUUUCACUCAUGGACAUAAACUUUUGGGGUUCGGUGUAUACAACCCAAUUUGCACUUCCACAUUUACGUAACAACAAAGGCAAAAUAGUCGUCAUUUCUUCUUGUGCCGGAUGGUUUGCCACACCAAAAUUAGGGAUUUGUUGUGCAAACAAAGCGGCACUUAUAAGAUAUUUCGAAACAUUACGUGUCGAAGUUGGUUCAGAUAUUAGGGUGUGA